UGCAUACUAGACUACAAUUGAGUGAAAUAUUUCAGAAAUGGGUGUUGCCAUUAAUGAAACAGUGCAACAGUGGUUCUAAUCUAGAAAUCACUCUUUUUCUGUGGAAUUAGCGAAAUUUUGUCGAUAGAAUUUUCAGAGAACAAACGUUCCUAAAUCCAGAUUACUGAAAUUAAAACACAACAAACAAACUCGGCGUAUCAAAUAUAAUGAAUCAUUUGAAAUGGAUGGGCCAUUCGGCAACUAUUUUUGAUAUCCAAAGAAAUCUUCGCAAUGAUCCACAAAGCUGUGAAGUGACGCUGGUAGCCAAAGGUCACUCGGUGCGGGCUCACAGGUUUGUACUAUCAUCUUGUUCGGAUUUGCUGCGAAAUCUGCUGGUAGAUGUGCCAAUGGGACAGGAAGCUACAAUUGUUGUGCCGGACAUAAAAGGUUCUCUGCUAGAAAGUGUAUUGGCAUUUAUAUACAUUGGUGAAACAAGUCUUACAUCAACUAAUUUGUCCGAGUUUUUGGAGGCAAUUAAUACCUUGGGUAUUAAAUCGGCAAUUAGUUUUGAAUGCAAUAAUGCUACAUUAUCGGGAGCUGUACAAACAACUGUUCCAAUUAAAACAUUAAGUAAUAUACAAAUUGCGCAAGAAGAAUUAAUUGAGCAACAAGAAAAUAUUGCCGUAGAGAAAAUCGAGACACAACACGUAAUACAACAUGAUAGAGAAUUAGAAUUCUUGGAUGUAUACAAUGAGGCUCAACACAGUAAGAUCACCUACUCAAUAGAGCAUAUGCCGGUCGCCAACACUGCAAAUGAGUAUAUUUUGACUGAAAAUUCUGGGACAUUCACUUUGACGCAAAAUAAACUUGAAAAUGCUUCUAAUUCGGAUACAGAAAAGUUGGUUGAAAUGGAAGAUACCACUGAAGAUGGUCACAUCAUAGAAGAGUAUAGCAGUAACAGUGCUGAUCCUAUAAUUGAAAUAUCAGCGACUACUUCAACGACAAGCACUCCAAAAGCAACUGCCACCACAACCACAACUUCUCAAGUGCCACAACCGAUUAUACAAAUUAAACCAACACCAAAAAUAAAAGCAAUAAAAAUCAAAACCCAAUCUCCUGCUGAAACAGAAGAAAUAAACCAACCAAUGUUUACAACACUUGACCCAACGACGGACCCGAUUUCAGUAUUAAAGACUGAGGACACAUUUGCUUCUUUGAAUGCACCUGGAACACCAGAGGAUUCACUAUAUUAUGCCGUACAGGCGGUAAUAAACGAAGGCAUGAGUUUACAGAAGGCCGCCUUAAAGUAUGACCUUUCAAAAACCGUUCUUUGGAGAAGAGUACGCAAGCAUCCAAAUUAUAUGAAAACCACAAGAGAGAAUCCUGUUCUAACAAUGGCCUAUGAACGUUUAAAGGGUGGUGACUCCUUAAAGAAUAUUAGUCGCGAAUUGGAUAUACCUAUGUCAACUUUGCAUAGACACAAAGUACGAUUAGCGCAGCAAGGUCGGUUGCCGGAUUAUGUUUCCUUUAAAAAACGUGAUGUCAAUUCGAAAAUAGAAUUAAAGGAUAAAUUAACUAAAGCGCUACAUGCUUGCGUUCACGAAGGAAUGUCACAGAAUCAUGCUGCCAAUUUAUUUGAUAUACCGAAGAGUACUUUGUGGCGUCAUUUGCAAAAACGUGUAGCAGAGGCAGAACUGUCACAGAAACUUGAGCAAGGUCAGAUUAAGGAGGAAGUAAUUUUAUCAUAAAACCAGUAUUUCUAAGUAGUUUAGAACAAACUUGAAUCUAAAUAUAAACAUGUAAUUAAUUCAUAAGGUCCAUUAUGAUAUUUUCACAUAUUUUCUGUACAUAGUUAAUGCUUAUAUCUUUUUAAAGGUACAUUAAAAUAUUAAAAACAAAA